GCCGCCGCCGCAGCACGGGAGCAUUUCUGAGAGGCAGACUCAUCGUAUGUGUGUGUGUGUGUGUGUGUGUGUGAGAGAGAGAGAGAGAGAGAGGGGUGUGCGUACGUUUCUCUCUGCUGAACCUUGAGGACGAUCCGACUUGUCUCCGCAGACGCGCGCGCGCUCAUGGUCAAUGCGCUCGUGAAGAGAAGGGACGCGAUGCGCGCGGACUCGCUUUAUCUGUAACGGCUCCGUGAUUGAUUGACAGAUCGAUUUGAUUUGAUACAUUGUUGCGUUUAAACGGCAUCGGAUCGGAAGAAAGAAAAGAAAGAAAGAAAAGAAAGGAACGUUGAAGGACGAAAAGAAGAAGAAAAAGAAGAAAGGAUCGAGGACAUCCAUGACCUCAGAUUUCCAGCACGACAGUUUCAGGAUGCCGAAUAUAGGAUUUCAAAACCUCCCCCUCAACAUCUACAUCGUGGUGUUCGGGACCGCCAUCUUCGUCUUCAUCCUCAGCCUGCUGUUCUGCUGCUAUCUAAUACGGUUAAGACACCAGGCGCACAAGGAGCUGUACGCUUAUAAACAGGUUAUUCAAAAGGAAAAAGUCAAAGAGCUAAAUCUACAUGAGAUCUGCGCCGUGUGCUUAGAGGAAUUCAAGCAGAAGGACGAGCUGGGGAUCUGUCCGUGCAAACACGCCUUUCACCGGAAGUGCCUCAUCAAGUGGCUGGAGGUGAGGAAGGUGUGUCCGCUGUGCAACAUGCCCGUCCUACAGCUGGCGCAGCAGCAGGGAACCUCCGUGUCGACCGCCCUGACGCAGCAGCCCCUGCCCGGGGUGGAGAACCUGGUGUAGCCUUGAUAUGACGUCCUCCUCUUUCUUCUCUUCCUCCUCGUCCUCCUACCUCUAUCCCCCCUCCCUCAAUCGCUCUACUGUACAGGUACACAACAACAACAACAACAAACGGCAGCGUCCUUGUUUUCCGCCUCAGCAGAUUCUCGUCCUACGAUGAAGACUCGCGAGUCACAACAGCGAUCACCUUAUUAUUGUUAUUUUUAUUAUUAUUAUUCUUAUUUGACUUUAUGUUUUUUUUUAAGGGGGCAGUAAAAAUUCAGACUGUUCCACACCAAAGCACUUUUCUGGGGACACCAGCGCAAAAGGGGUGAAUGUGAACUAUGAGGACAGAAAAGAAAAAAAAAGGAUUAACAACCACAAAAAACAAGUGAUUUUUGUUUUUCUUUAUGUAACAAGCACUUUACAUGGACUCCAUGUUAAUUUUAAUCGCUUGUGAAAAUGGUAGCAAGUUUUGUACUAUUUCGGUUAACUGUAUUAUUAUUAUUAUUAUUAUUAUUAUACAUUUUUUAGUAAGAUUUGCCUUUGGUUAAAUUAACACAAUGUGAUAAAGAAGGGAUGACAAUGUUUUUUUUGAGUGCAGGUAGGAAGUGUAUUCCUUAUAGGUCAAUGAUAAACCUAUAAACAGAAGCGGACCGAGCAUUAGACUUGUGUCUCACUGCAGAGAACUGCUGAUCUGCUCUGUUAUAGUGCCCAAGGAAGGCAUCCUACAGUAAGGUGGAUUGAAACAGUUCCUGACUGAACUGAUCCAAGACCCUAAGUUCAUGUUACAAUGAAGGUCUUGUAUCAGGGCAGAAAAGGAGGAAUGGCUGGAGGACUUCAAGGUGUUGGCCAAUGAAAAGUGAUUAAGAAGAUGGACAAUGACAAAUCAUGAUGCAUUAUUUCAACCGUUUUUCAUAGUCGGUCCAUUAGCAGCAACAAGGAUGAAGGUCUUGCCGCUGAGUUUGUUACAUAGGUCCGGUAUCUGAAUGUCCUUGCUUUCUGUCUUGGUAUCACACCACUCAACUGAUUUUAAUAUCGUGAUACAUUUGAGAUUGCGUCUUGAAUCACUUGUACACUAAAUCUUUGAAAUAGUCAUCUCGGUUUUUUAUUUUCACACCGAGACCUCGUUUAGUAUUUCAGCGACGAUCAAAAUCAUAGUUGUUACAGUAUCGUUUAACGUGUAAAUAGUUGAGAAGAAUAUAUCAGUAUCGACUGAGUGACGUACACUAAGAAAGUACUUAAAGUAGCUAGCUAGAUGUUUGUUUGAUGUACAUGGUACAACAAGCUACACAUCACCAGGGGCGUUCAAGUCAACAGCAGGACUUUUCAGGUGAAUUGACAAAGCAGUUGUUUUCAAGUACAGUACGCUGAUGAGACUCUUAGCCGCGGUAAAACUCGUGAAUGACGAGUCCGGGGCGUGGUCGCUCAGAGCCUACUGCAGUCUUUGCCUUAAAUAUUCAGCGAGUAAAGCGCCUGAUUUUGAAAAAUUGGUGACUUGCGGAAGAGACUGUACACACAAUCGUUCACCAACAUGUUGCAGGAACUCGGCUGGGAGUUAUUGCCUCAUCCCCCGUACAGUCCCGACCUCGCUCCAAGCCAUUUCCAACUGGGAGUUCCUGGGAGGCCGGCGUUUCAUACGUGAAUCAGGCUGUCAGAUCUUGACUCCCGUUUUGACUUGAACAAGCUCUCAGAAAAGAACUCGACUUGUAGCUUUGCCUUUUAGCCCUGUGGAUCACGUUAUUUACCUCUUGUUCCAGUGAAAGGAGAAGGCUCGGUUACAGAGUAGUGCUCGUCAGGCAUGUUAAUCCAGCCACGGCUUCUGCCCAACACUACAAACCUGAACACUACGGCUCAAGUAAUGUCAGUCAUGCGAUCGCCCGAGAUGAACCCACGUCCAUUUUCGUCUCAUAGCCUGAGCCAAAGCCGGUAAGGUUCUAUCAUCACUCAGCCAAGCUAAAAGAAAAAACAAGGGUUCUAGCACUUUGUAUCUAAUACACAAAGAGCUGUUAAUGCAUUAGGCGCAUUUCACCAGUCAGCAGGUUACAUCUUUACUGAGUGUGCUUUCUGGUGCUUUCCCCGUGGCUGCAUUGUCCGUGGUGUAAAGUGCUGUGUAGGGCAUUUUCAAUCGAGGUCAGAGGCUUUAAAUAGAUCUUGUGGGUUAAAAUUUUCAUGAAAGCAGAAGGUGCGCUUUGCUCAACUCUACCGCCACAUUUCCAAAUCUAAUCCCAAAUCCAAUACACAUUGGAUUUUGUUUUGUUUUUCUUCUUAAGGGAUUUCUUUGGAAAAGUUGCUCAUUCUGAAUACUUUAUUCUCAAUCAUGGUUGAAAGAUGUACGUUGUUCAAUUGUGUCCAGAUUUGACAAGAAUGUUUAGCUGUUCAUUAUAAUAAUCUGUGCAUGUUCAUUACCGCGAAGAACAACUUCUGUUCUCGUCUUAAUCUUAAACGAUUCUCACGAAAUCAUUAUUGGCCAUAGCAGUUACGCCAUGCUAAUGAUGUGAAAAGCCAAAUCAAAAUGUUUCACUCUAACGUGUUCAAAACACAGGACGUCACACCGGUUAUGAUGUUAUAAACUUUACAUAAGAUAUAGUAUGUUUGACAGAAUCUGCGAGGUCGAAUCAAACUCCUCCUCUGCUGCUUGUUAGAGCCUUGAUACACCAGACCGUCUGACACGUCAUCACUAAGCGUCCAGCUGACUGGGCGUAGUGUGUUUUGUGUUCUGGGUUCUUUUCAGAUCUUGUUCAGCCCAAUUCCAACCAAUCGUAGCAUGCUAACAUAGAUCUUCAAGCAUCACAUGGUUCUAGCGUUUACAUCAACAGUUACAUGAGACGUAUUACGUAGCAUGUUUUAGUACCGUAGUCUUAUACGUUCACGAAGAAGUAAGAUAUUUAAGUUUUGACGAUUAACACGAACUCAAAUUAGACAUCCCUUCCCCCGUGUUUAACAAUAAAAGGCAGUGAUGAGUGUAUUGUUCGUAUUAUUAUUAUUAUUAUUAUUAAGAACGAUUGCUGAAAAUUGUUGGUGCAAAUGAUUGCAUGCAUAUUAUUUAUUUAUUAUUAAAAACAUUUUACACACUACUGCCCAUUUCUGGAGUGACAUCAUAACAGACAUCGAUUUACGCAGAUUAUUAUUAGUAUUCCUAAUUUUUUUGUCCUCUCAGCAGUAGGGAGUUAUUUGUUUAUAUUUACUCAUAAUGUUAUAAACAAUAAUAAUUUAAAACUAUUACAUAUAAAAAUCAUAUAACUCAACAUAGAACACAGAUACUGCCCCCUGCGGGUGUGGAGAGCAUUCCUUCUCAAAUUUACGUCUCAGUUUUGCAGAUGAUGACAAUAAGAGACUUUUUUCCCCUUUUCAUUUUAUUGCCAACACUAAUCGAUUAUUGUGUGUUACCAUGAACACAAAUUGCGCUGCCCCCUGCUGGUGUGGGUAGAUUUCUCUUUGUGCCGAUGCAGAUGCGGUAAUGUUGGUAAUGAUUUUUCGUUUUUUCAUCGUUGUUGGAUGACUAAGCUCAACUUUUGUUUUACAUUUUAUGUGCAUUAUUCGUUACGAUUACAAACACUGAUGACACACUACUGCCCCCUUCUGGUGUGGAGGGAUUUCCCUUUCACGUAGAUGCAAAUUAUUUGAAGGAAGCGAUCUGCGUUCACUCUGUGUUUGAUGACGACCCUGUGUGUCACAGUUGGUCAAAGACGCAAACAUGACUGUGAGAUACGAGUUAAACCCGCGCAGUUGGCGGCAUCCUUACAAGUCUGAGCAGUUUUGUAGUAUAACCUAGAAGGGAGCCAUCUUCAAAUCGUGGCGUAGUUAAUUAUCGAGAUAUUGUAUAGUUCCUUCCUGCUGCCACAUCAUGUCCUUCCGUAACCCUCAUGGUUUGUGGGUGUACAGUGUUUGUUUUCUAUCGUCCCGCCUCGUCAUGCCGCGUGUUUGAUCCUCUUAACCCUUGCACUCACACACACAUACACACACACACCUGUGUUUAACACUGAUAAUGUUUGUGAUGCUCACAGACAUGGUUGUAAAACUAAGAAUUCUGUAGCAGAAUAUUUUUUUGGAGACAUUCUUGCUUGUACAGUAUUUGUAAGCUCUAUUUUUGUAUAUUUAAUUGACAUUUUGGAGAAAAUAAAAAGAGAAAAAAAGAAUGUUCUUUUAUUUCAUUUGUUGUUUUGCUAAUUUUGUUUUAUUCAUUAAAAAAAUGUUGCAUGUGAUUGACUUGAACUGUACAUAUAAAAUAAAAAUUACCACAUUUUGAA